AUGGCUGCUACACCAGAACCGCCCCGUAUGAGCGAAAAAGCUACCGUCGACGCUCCCGCUCCAGCGCAGGACCAACAACCCAGCGCACCGCCAUACUCCAUCUUUACCCGUAGCGAAAAACGAUGGAUAGUCUUCCUCGUCGCAUACGCAGGCCUCUUCUCCCCUCUCAGCAGCUUCAUCUACUAUCCCGCACUGUUCAAUAUCGCCGAGGAUCUGGACAUCACACUCACCAUGGCGAAUUUGUCGAUCACGACCUACAUGCUUGUAUCCGGGAUAGCGCCUUCACUACUGGGUGAUAUGGCGGAUACCAUGGGCCGCCGACCGCUGUUUCUGUUUGCGAUAUUUACGUAUACGGUUGCUAAUGUGGGGUUGGCGGUUCAGAGGAGUUAUCCCGCGUUGCUUGUGCUGAGGAUGGCGCAGAGUGCGGGGAGUAGCGGCACGAUUUCGUUCGGCUACGCUGUUGUCAGUGAUAUCGCUACGCCUGCUGAGCGAGGUGGGUAUAUUGGAGCAGUUCUGCUGGGUCCGAACGUAGCGCCCAGUCUUGGUCCCGUUCUAGGAGGUAUACUCGUCCAAUACGCCGGAUGGCCUUGGAUCUUCUGGACGCUUGCGAUACUAUCCAGUGUUAACUUCUUCAUACUCGCCAUUACGCUCCCAGAAACCGCUCGCAAGAUCGUUGGAAACGGUUCGAUCAUGCCUACACGUCUUUUGAACAAGUCAUACUUAACGCAAAUGAAGCUCAACUCAAAGAAGUCGUCAGUAACGAGCUCCGAGACCGGGAUCGAUGUUCAGCCGAUGCGAAUGCCCAGUCUCAAGCCCUGCUUCAAAGCACUCUGGCAGAAAGAGAACGCACUGAUCAUGCUCAUCAACGGCCUGUUUUAUAUGACUUACUGCUGCGUCCAAGCAUCGCUGUCAACUCUCUUCAUAACAAUUUACGGCUUCGAGGAACUGUAUGCUGGUUUAAUAUACAUUCCGUUCGGAGUUGGUUGCGCUUUGGCUUCAUACACUUGCGGGUACGUCAUGAACUGGGAAUACCGUAGAGUCGCGUCUAGUUCCGGCUUCUCGAUUGAUCGAACGCGCGGCGAUGAUCUUCUUGACUUUCCUAUCGAGAAGGCUCGCUUGCGGGCUACGUACUUUUACAUGAGCGUUGCAGCUAUGACGACUAUCGGGUAUGGAUGGUCUUUGGAUAAACGUACGCACUUUGCGGUGCCUCUGGUUCUGCAAUUCUUCAUCGGCGCCUCCAUCACGGGAGUGUUCAACACGAGUCUUCUAACAAUUUAG